UCAACUAUCCCCCUCACUCACUCGCACUCGCAUCUCACGCUCCACAACGUCUGCAAUCAGCGCGCACCUAGCUCAAAUCUCAGCUUUGCAACACUGUAUACAUGCUGGACGCAAAUACCUAGUUACAGAUUGCCUCGAUCUUCCACGUCCACUGCUUUGGCACUUGCUGCAGCUGUCAAUCGCAGCGCUCGCAGUCUUCCGUUAGAGCUCCAAACGUUUUGCUCGCGCAGCUAAACGCUCGGUUCGCGAGAUGUCGCCGCGGCUGUUGUGGACCAUUUAAGUUCUUUGCUUUCUUUUACAACAUUUUUGGUUUAUUUCUUUUUCUGAUUCAAUUUCUAUAAUUUUUCCGUGAGUGUGAAAGCGAGAAUUUUCGGUUCGAGGGAUAUUUUAUUUUUAAAAAUUCAAAAAUAAUUUCCACAGUUAAAUCCGUUAAAAACUCCGACGCCACAUCUAACUUAUCAAUAAUUGUAUCGAUGUACCUUGUUUGUGAUAAAUUUUAAGUGUGUUUUUCGUCUAUAAUAAUAAUAUUUAAUCCUCGUGUAAUAUAACUCUGCCGAUCUACAAAAGACUAAUUACACCAGAAGCCGUGAAAUGGAUUACAUAGAACUGAUGUAAAUGGAAAAUGACCCCAAAACGGCAACUGAUGUUAUUACUGCUGUAUUUGCGCUGCUGGUACAAAAACAAAUAGAACGACAACACACAAGCUGAACAGCAACAACAACAACACGAAGUCAACGCAUACACAACCAACCAAUGGAAUGAAAUUAUGAAUUUCAACAAAUGUAAUAAAAUCCAAUAAAUACCCGUAAAGUAUAUGCUUAUGUCAUGUGUGGGUGCCACCAACGAAUUGAGCUCGUAAACAGCGAAUUAAAGUGCAAAACUGGGCACUGGAGCGCAUAGAUUUGCUUGCAAACGCAAAAGUGUAGCAUAACUUUAGGCGCAUAAAUGAAUUGCCGUGAUAUGAACGCGCGCAGCAGAUAAGCGUAUUAGUGUGCGAAAAGGUGACGGUGGAAAAAUAAGUUGUAACGGUAAAUACGAGUGGUGGGUGUGAGAAAUUUUGGGCGUCGGCUGUGGACCACCCAUGAAGCGGUAAUCAACUUUCCGUGAAAUCUAACGGCGACCAACCACGAGUGUACAAAAACAAUAACUAAGCAUUACAAAUAACAACAAAAACAACAACACAGCCAGCAGUGAAAAGUGCAACGCACAGCAGCUAAAGUAAAAGCAAUAACAAUAACACCAACAACAUGAAGGGCUUAGCAGCAUUUAAGGAGAAGGCUACGGGUGCUUUCAGUGGCAUCAAACCGAAUAUGGAAAAAUUUGAAAUCUCCAAAGGCUAUCAUGGCGGCCACGGCGGUUACGAAGAAAUGGAAGAUGGCGAUAAGAUUGGCGAUGGUCCCGGCGGCGGCAUACCAUAUGACGAUGAUAGACCCGAUUCGCCAGCCUCUUUCGAGGAGAUCGAACGCCCGCCAUUACGUAAAAUCGAUAAGUACUGUAAAGCCGAGUGUCCUUGUUUGCCGGCGCGUUUCACGAUUGCCGUGAUGGCUUGUAUCGGUUUUAUGAUAUCGUUUGGCAUGCGUUGUAAUAUGUCGGCGGCAAAACUGAAAGGAGAACAAAAUCAUACAAAAUUCAUGAAUUGGAGUGUCGCUGUGGAGAGUCAUGUGGAUUCAUCGUUCUUCUGGGGCUAUUUGGUCACACAAAUACCGGGUGGUUUCAUAGCAUCGAGAUUUCCGGCUAAUAAAAUCUUCGGCUUAUCAAUUGUAUGCUCGGCAACGUUGCAUUUAUUGGUGCCUGUGGUGAUGGCCGUGUGUCAUGGUUAUGUGUUGAUAGGUGUGCGUGUAACACAGGGGCUAUUCGAGGGUGUCACCUAUCCAGCUUGUCAUGGUAUCUGGCGUUUUUGGGCGCCACCCAUGGAGCGUUCACGUCUGGCCACAUUAGCAUUCAGCGGCUCAUAUGCGGGCGUUGUGGUCGGUCUGCCGCUGUCCGGUCUGCUCGCCGAUGCGAUUAGCUAUCAGGCGCCCUUCUAUGCUUACGGCAUGUUCGGCAUAACAUGGUACCUCUUUUGGUUGUGGCUCUGCUUUGAGAAUCCCCGCAAACAUCCUGCCAUCAGCAUACCGGAAUUGAAAUAUAUCGAGAAAUCGCUGGGCGAGACCUCUUUGCAGCCGACAAUGCCGUCGUUGAGCACCACACCGUGGCGUGAAAUGGCGCGAUCCAUGCCCGUCUACGCUAUUAUUGUGGCGAACUUUUGUCGCUCGUGGAAUUUCUAUCUGCUUGUGCUCUUCCAGUCGUCCUUCCUCAAGCAUAAGUUCGGUUUUAAAGUGGAGGAGGCGGGUUUCAUCGGUUCGUUGCCACAUUUGAUUAUGACCACGAUUGUGCCAUUCGGUGGCAUGUUGGCCGAUCAUUUGCGUAAGAAUGGCAUUAUGUCGACCACGAAUGUGCGUAAGCUCUUCAAUUGUGGCGGUUUCGGUAUGGAGGGUUUGUUCUUUCUCUUCGUUGCGCACUCCGAUACGGCGACCGGCGCCAUGUUUGCGCUGACUUGUGGCGUUGCCUUCAGUGGGUUCGCCAUUUCCGGUUAUAAUGUCAAUCAUCUGGAUAUUGCACCACGCUACGCUAGUAUUUUGAUGGGUCUCUCAAACGGUAUUGGUACCUUGGCUGGUAUAAUUGUGCCCUACGCGCUGGAUAGCUUGAUUGAUGAAGAUCCCCACGGCUGUUGGACCACCGUCUUCACGCUCGCCGCAUGCGUUCAUUUAGUCGGUUGCACUUUCUAUGGCAUCUUCGCUUCCGGCGAACUACAACCCUGGGCCGAGCCACCGCACGAAGAGAAACAGGUGUGGGCACCACCAAUGGGCGCAAUUGCCGAAGAUCCCAGUCAAGGCGGGUACACCAAGGAGACGUCCUUUGGCGUCACACCGCAAUACACCGAACAGAGUCAAAUGCAACAACCGAAUGCCAUCAAUUAUGGUGCGACCGGUCACGUGGCCAAUAAUCCCUUCGCCGCCAUAUCGGGUGGCACUAUACCCGAGGAGAGUGUUAUGCCCGACCAGACAGCUGAUGCUAGCGCAUAUGGCGCGUAUGACUACACGCAACAACCACAACAACAACAAAUGCCCGGUUAUGAACAGCAAUAUCCACAACUACCGCCAUACCAGCAACCAAAUUAUCAACAACCCUAUCAAACACAGUAGGCUGGAUGAGGAUGAGCAUGGCAUGGUAAAUAUGAAAAUUAAUAAAGUUAUUGAGAUUUCGAAAAUUCGAAUAUACAAAAUAUUAAUACAAACAAAGUGAAGAAACUGGAAAAUCAAAAAAAAAAUAAAAUCUGGAACAUAUAAAAAUUCAUAAAUUAUAGCAGAAAUAAUCCCCAAAGAACUUCGCAAAUCAAAACGAAAUUAGCUUUUAACUUGUUUUUGUUGUUUAUACAUACCUGUAUAUAUGUAUGUAUAUAAACUAUAUCUUGAUUUUGUUCGAAACACUUUACAAAUUACUGGAACCAAAGUACGAAUCAAAGCAAAAAAUGUGUAUCAAAUGCCAUACAGCUAUAACUAUUACAACAACAAUAAGUAUAAUAUUAACUAUAACAGUGCUAAGAAUAAGUAUGCAGACAUAAAGUUUAAAUUCUAUUGUAGCGAGUGAAAUUAGUAUGAAAAUUAUAUUUAAUAGACAAAUAUUUAAUUAUUAUAUGCACAAAACGAACCUAUGCACGCCACUCAAGGAAAAAUUUUGAAUUAAAAAAAUAUUUAAAAAAUUAAUAAUUAAAAAAUUUUUCUUUAAUUAUUAGUUUCCAAUUUUUUUUUUAGGUAAAAAGUUAUUCACUUGAAAUAAGUUGGUCUUAAUUGAAAAAUUUCAGUUUUUGAAAAU